AUGAACUCGAUUUCACAAGCAUCCAAUUCAUGGCGCCAAAACGUUCUCAAAAUACACCUAGCAUAUUAUUCGACUCAAAAAAUGUCGCACGCAUCGACUCUCCAAAAGAUCAGAGAUAUAAGGCCUCUGCAUCAAGCCCACGCUCAUAUAAUCGUGUCAAAUCUCUCUGGAAAUGUUUUCCUAUGCAACAGGUUGAUGAAUGCAUAUGCCUCUUGCGGAUUUGUAUCGAUAUCUCAGAUUAUAUUUUCUCAAAUUACGGACAAAAAUUUGGUGUCUUGGACGAUUUUGCUAUCUGGGCUCACGAAAAAUGACCGUUUCUUCGAAGCUGCUGAGGUGUUUAAUGAGAUGAUGGUACUAAAAAUUAGGCCGAAUGAGAGAACAAUCGCGACUGUUUUGCCUGCAUUUGGAAAGUUAGGGAGGGUAUUAUUGGGGAAAUCUGUACACUGUUAUUGGAUAAGGCGCAAUUUUGGUGGUAAUGUGUUUGUGGAAACAGGUUUGGUUGAUAUGUAUUCAAAAUUUGGGUGUACGAGGAUUGCGAGGAAUGUGUUUGACAAUAUGUCUGUGAGAAAUGUGGUCUCGUGGAAUGCGAUCAUUUCAGGAUACUCCAGUAACGGAUAUGGAGGAGAAGCGUUGCAGAUGUUCAUUUGGAUGAAGAGGAAUGGGCUGCCGUGGGAUAUUUUUACUGUGAUGAGCUUGAUUAGUUUAGAGGAUUUUAGAGUAGGAACAGGGAUCCAUAGCUUGGUGGUUAGAAGUGGAUAUGAGAAUGAUCCACUGAUUAGAACGGCUUUGAUGGGAUUGUAUAUAAAUGGAAAUUUUGUUGAUGAUGCUUAUCGUAUAUUUGAGGAGAUCGGUAAGAAGGACUUGGUUGCUUGGACUUCGAUGUUGAGAGGGUUUUUGAAGAGUGGGAAUUGGAGAAGGACCGUUGAACAUUUUAAGAAGAUGAUGGGAGAAGACAAGAUAGCGCUGGAUUAUGUAUCUCUUAUAACCAUGCUUUCGGGUUGCAGCUGUUUCGGAGCUUUGGAGCAGGGAAGGCGAAUGCACGGUCUGGUUUUGAAAACUGGUUUGCAAGAUGAUCUCUUUGUUGGUUCAGCUGUAAUAGAUAUGUAUGCUAAUUGUGCAAGUAUGAUAGAUGCAAAAAGAUACUUUGGAGGUAUGGUAGAGAAAGAUGUUGCGUGUUGGAACACGCUGAUAUCUGGUUAUGGCAUGAUUGGAUGUGGGAAUGAAGCCAUAGACACAUUCUUAAAGAUGAAGGGUUCGGGUCUAAGUCCAGAUGAGUCGACGUUGGUAUCAGUCCUGUGUGCUUGUAGUCAUGCUGGUCUGGUCGAGAAAGGGCUCCGAAUCUUUGAUCAGAUGACCAAAGUUUGGAACUUAAGUCCUAAUUUGAAGCACUAUGCCUGUGUUGUUGACCUUCUUGGUCGUUCUGGGCGAAUAAAUGAUGCUUACUCACUCACGAAGAGCAUGCAUCUGCAGCCGGGGCUUGAGAUAUACAGUUCUUUGCUUACUGCUUGCAAAAUCCAUAGGAACUUUGAGUUGGGAGACGAGAUCGCUCAAAAACUUGUUGAGUUGAAACCUAAUGACGCAGGGCAGUAUAUAUUGCUCUCAAACGUGUAUGCUUUGGCUGGAAAUUGGGAUUGUGCAAGACUGAGUAGAGUAUCUUUGAAAUCGAACAACUUGAAGAAGAACCCUGGCCUUAGUUAUAUGGAGAUAAAUGGAGAAAUGUUCAUAUUUAUGGCACGCCAGAGAGACCAUCCUCACUACCUAGAGAUUAGGGACUUCCUUCAAGGCUUGAUCUUGAAAAUAAAAGCUGCAGGAUACGAGCCUGACACCGACUCUGUGCUCCUAGAUGUGUCGGAUGAUGUGAAGAGAGAUAUUCUGUUUCACCACAGCGAGAAGCUUGCUAUUGCUUUUGGACUGAUGAGGACUAAGCCGGGAUCAGUAGUUCGGAUCACAAAGAAUCUACGGAUUUGUGAUGAUUGCCACUUAGCUAGUAAGUUCGUCUCCAAAGUCUAUGCGCGAGUUCUGAUUAUAAAGGAUGCCAAUCGCUUUCAUGUUUUUCGUGAUGGCAUAUGCUCCUGCAGAGACUGGUGGUGAAUGUUGGAUGCAGAGCAAACGUUCUCUGAUGUUCGAUCUUGCUCUACUCAAACAAGGAGUUUUUUUUAAUUUUUUCGUCGAGGCUGUACAUAAGAUAAAACAUCUUUACUC